AUGUUGAUUAUUCCGGCACUACUUGCAGCAGUGAUACUGUUAGCAAGAUGGUAUUUCAAGUCUAACAAGAUCCCCGCUUACAAAGGCGAGGGCUUUUUUUCUUUCCUCAGCGACGCCCACAACUACGCAGUCAAGCCCAUCUCGCUCAUCCGCAAAGCUCAAUCACAAUGCGGGAACAUCUUCUCGAUCCAGAUCCUGACAGUCCACAAUGUCUGGCUUCGCGGAAAUGAGCUCAACAAGGCUUAUCUCGACAUGCCCGAGAAGGCUUGGUCCUUCGGCCACGGAAUGGGGAUAUUUCUCAACAAGAUCCUCGACCCCGGAUACAUGGACAACAUCAGGGUGAUGGUCGGCUCCCUCAGCCGGUACAUCAACCGCGCCACGGCGCAGGCACACAUGGCUAAGUGCACCGUGGAGGAGACGCACCGGUGCGCACUCGAGUGGACGACCAAGAGUGACGUGGAGCUCUUUGAUGGAGUGUCCGAGUUGACGCACAAGGUCAUCGUCAGGACGCUGAUGGGCGAUGACUUUUAUGAAUCGAGCGGAGAGCUCUUGGACCUUUUGCACGCGAUGGAGUCCGACAUUGGCAGCAUCUGGUCCUUUGUGCUGCCUGACUGGGUGCUUCAUCCACCAGCGAGGAGACUGCAUCACGCCCGCGAGCGUGUAAAAGAGAUCUUUUGGGAAAAGCUGAGCCAGCGACACGUCGCGGUGAAGAAUGGUGACCUCGAGACUGACCUGCCGGACUACAUCACGCACACGCUGCAUGAACAGAGCAUGGCGCCUCUGAGGCACUAUCUCCCUUCUCAUCACACUGUCCUGAUGUUUGCUGCUCACACAUCCACAGUCGCUGCAAUCUCAUGGGUAGUUGUCUGCCUUUUACGCCAUCCUGAUGUCAUGGCCGCCGUGAAGAGAGAUGCCCGUGAAGGAAACACGGACUCAGCACUCCUCCAGGCUUGCAUAAAGGAGACGAUGCGGUACUACGCAGGUAUGAAAUGCCUCCGCCUCGCGAUGCAGGAAGUGCCUGUCCCGGUCGUGUCUAUCUCGCCUUACUUGACCCACCACGACCCCGCCAACUAUCCGAAUCCCGAUACCUGGAUGCCCGGACGGUGGCUCAACGCCGAGAACAAGCUCGUCAACCUCGAGGAAAAGGACAGCAACGGCGUGAAGAGCAUGCUCUUUGGGGGUGGCAGCCACCGAUGUCCUGGUGAGAAGAUGGCCAUGAUCAUUGUGACGCAGACGUUGACGACGCUGCUGCGAUCUUAUGAUGUUGCAUGGGCGUCGCCGGACCAACCUCGGACUGUGGACUUUGAAGGCCUGGAUUUUGACAAGGUUGGCUCGCCUUGGCUGAAGGGAGACUUGAAAGUGAAGGUUUCUAGGAGGAAGUGGCCCGAGAUCAUGGCGGGCUGUUGA